AUGGAAGGGGAGGCGAUCCUUCUAGGAGUCAAAAAGACAAGGAAGGAGGAAAUGGGUGAAAUUCGCAAAAUCAUUGGGCAAUUAUCGCAGCUAGUCAAGCUGCUAAUGCCCAUUGGGCAUUUAUUGGUAGCCAUGGCUGCCAAUCUCUCUAACUCCAAGAACCAGGAAAUUAAGUUAUUGGAUUCCCAGAGAGGAAGUCAGCAACAAGACAGAGAGACUGUGAAUGGCGGUUUACCAGCUGCUGAGCAGAACAAACAGGAUUUUGAUUUUAUUAACACUCCAUAUAUCCUGCCUGUUCAAAGGAGACAAGAAUCUUGCAGGGAUGAGCAUACACCCAAUUCUGCACAGAGUGUUGUAGCUGCACAAGGUGACUUUUUAGAUAAUGGCUCAAAUGAGUCAAAUAAUCUUAAUAUCCUCUGUAAAGUUAUCGCAGCUUUUCUACAUUACUUCUUCUCAGCUUCUUUCUUUUGGAUGCACCUGGGUGCGUUGCAGCUCCAUUUUAUGGUACAAAAUCUUAAGGCAAUCAGGGCCUUCAGAUCUCACAUCAUCCCAGGGAAAUUCAUGUAUCCUGUUGGCUAUGGGAUACCUGCUAUAAUAGUUAUGAUUUCUGCAUCUGUUUAUCCUGACGGAUAUGGAACACAGAAUGUAUGCUGGCUGAGUCUGAAACAAGAAUUUCGAUGGAGUUUCAUAGGACCAGUAUGUUUUGUCAUCGCUAUAAACCUAAUCCUCUUUAUUAUAACUAUUGGCAUGUUGCAAGAAAAACUUUCAUCAGUCAAUAAGGACGUUUCAACUAUCAACAACAUGAGGGCACUUCUCUUUAAGGCUGUUUCUCAGUUCCUUGUUCUGGGAUGCACAUGGAUAUUCGGCAUCUUCCAAUUUCAAAAGGGGACCCUUGCGAUGGCAUACAUUUUCACAAUAUUGAACAGUUUCCAUGGAGUUUUUAUGUUUCUGCUCUACUGUCUGUCAAACAAACUGGUAGUGGAUGAGUACAAGACAUGGAUAAGGAAACAGUUCAAAAAGAUCAAGAAAGAAAGUGAAUUUGAAAUCAGCACAACUACCGCUGCUACAGUAUCUACAUGGACAUCACAAUCUGGAGAAGAACAUGCAGUGCAAAAUUCUGAGAACCAAUCAAGUACAGCAGCAUGGGAGAAAAUCAUGUAAUGGGAACAGAAAAAAAGAGAAACGAACAUCACGAUGAAGAAGAAGAAAAUAUUGAUGUUACUGUCCAUUUCAAUUGCAGUAAAAUUCCUGAGGUUCUACAUAUUCCAAAAGCAGCUCUGUCACUUCCUUUAUUCUAAUUAAAGUUAAGAUACAUAUGAAUGCAUUUUGAUUAACUAAGUAAACCUUAAUAUGUGGUCAUGUCCAUUGCUUUGUUUUCAGAAAAUAAUACAAAACAUUAAUUUUUCAGACUUGUACAUUUUAUGUUACCAUUUGUAUACUGCUAGAUUUUGGUUAUCUAAGACUUAAAACUUUCUGCAAGAUAUUUUCCUUCUUUACUUUCAAGUAAUUUUUACAUAAAUGUAUGCUAUAAGUUUUUGUAGAUUCAUCUUUUCACUGAUUUAAGAUUGCAUUUCUGAUUAGAUGUCAGUGUUUAACAAGAAAAAUCAGUACAGCUGUUAUUCAGAAUUUCUUCAUUUCCUGUUCUUUCGUUUAUUUAUACCUGUAACUUCCUGUUUUCAGCGUGCAUUACACAUGCAAGCUUAAAUUAUAAUGCCUGAUGUCGUUCUGAUGAACGGAUUCUUUUGACUGUGUGGAAGGAGGCCUUCAGAGAAGGCAAAGACAGACCCUGUAAUGAUGGUUUUGGUCACUUUUUUAUUUUUUGGGGGGUGGACAAUUUGUAAAGAAAUCUUCAGGGUAAAAUUAAAAAAAGCUGCUAACAGCCACAAAGUAUAGGAAGAAAAGCAUUGUCCAGCAAUAAGAUGUUUUGGGAAGUGUUCUUACUACAUGUAAUCAUGAAGUGAUUUUGUGUUUAUCUGUCUUUAUUUGUAAAGUAUGGCCAUGGGGACACGUUGUUAGCACCUUAACUGAAAUUAUUUACGUAACCUAAGAAAGGCAGCAAUCCUUGCCCUUGACAGAUUUACAAUCUCCUAAUGUCGCAAGGUGCAUUUGGUAACUCACUUUUCCAGUAGCUGACAUCGUCUUGAAAAAUGCAAGCACUGCAAAGUGGAGCACCACUGUGUAGUUUCAACAGCAAAGAGGUACAAACCUGCACCCUUUCUCUUCGUGGCUCAUACCCACAUUGACAGAAUAAUGUUUUCUUCUUUACA